AUGUACCGCAUUCUGCAAACGCAAUUUACACCGAUUUGGAAUCGGGAAUCUCGAGUCAUCAUGACCAACUGCGCUUGCAUGCCAGUGUCCUCCACCUCUUUGCUGGUCCUGUGGUCAUUGACUGCGGUUUUUUUGGUGGUGUUGAACUGUUUUGGAUCACAGUUGUCUCCUGCGAAGCCCCUGGAUACGACAUUCCCACGCACUGCGAAUUCCACGCUGGCACUUGUCGACUCAUAUGGAGAUGCGGGCCGGUUCUGGUACAAAUCCUAUGAACUCUUCGACGUCCUCUUGUUCAUUGCGACCUAUGGAGCUGCGUUGUACCUCUCAUUUCAAGCACUGGCACCCGAUCGGAUCGGAGGCAUUCUGAGAGGGCUCGUCCUGGUAACGGUCGUCGCAGACUUUUUGGAAGAUGGAGCAGCCGUGGCCCUCUGCCUCACAACCGACAAGGGGGACGAUGCUAGCUCGACAAGGUACCUGCUUGCCACCAUCUCCGUUGUCGCAACCGCAACCAAGUUUGCCGGCUUCACCAUCUGUUUCCUGGCCGUGGUGGUUCUGGCUGUUGGCCGCAGGCUUUCGGGCAGCGGAUACGAGGCUCUUCCUGCCAAAUCCUCCGCGACCUGA